AUGUCCGCCAGAGUCGCCCUCGUCACCGCGUCCAGCGCCGGCCUCGGUGCCGCCGCCGUGAAAGCCCUGGCAUCACACUUCCGCGUUGUGGUGAACUACCACUCACGUCGCGAAAAGGCCGAGCAAGUAAUCGAAGAAGCAUCCAAAAUCCCAGCCACAUACGCGACAAGCGAGAACGACGCCUCACAACCCCGCUUCCACGCCAUCCAAGCAGACGUACAGCAGAAGUCCGAGAUCCAGCGCCUUGUGUCUGAGACGGUCGAGAAGUUCGGCCGGCUGGAUGUCGUCGUCUCCAACGCGGGCUGGACGCGGCUGACGAAUUUCUUCGAUCUGGAGCAGCAGGUCAACGAUGACGACUGGGACAAGUGCUUCAGUGUGAAUGUCAAGAGUCAUCUGUGGUUGCUCUAUGCGGCGAAGCCGUAUUUGGAGAAAUCCGAGGGUGGGGGUUCGUUCGUUACCGUCGCGAGUCUUGCAGGUGUGCGGCCGAGUGGCAGUUCGUUGCCGUACUCUGUCACGAAGGCGGCAGAGAUCCAUCUUAUGAAGGGUUUGGCCAUCAUCUGUGGGAAGAGUAUAAGGUGCAAUAGUGUCAGUCCUGGUCUUAUGAUGACUGAAUGGGGCAAUCAAUUCCCGGAAUCAAAAGUCAAAGCGACAACUGAAAAAUCGGCGUUGAAGUCGACUGCUACGCCCGAGGACGUGGCCGAGCAAAUCAAGACACUGGUCCUCAGCAAAUCGAUCACGGGACAGAACAUCGUCAUUGAUUGCGGAAUCGCCAUCUAA